AUGGCAACUUCAUCAUCGUCACCUUCCACCUCCGCCCCGGCCGCGACAAGACUAGGAUGGAUCGGCCUAGGCAGCAUGGGCGCAGCAAUGGCCAAGAAGAUACGCGGGCAUCUAGCUGCGAAAGCGACGAGCACGCCUCUGCGCUUUUUCAACCGGACUGCAUCCCGCGGAGAUUUCCUCGAAGCGGCGGGCGGCAAGCGAUGCGCCUCUGUCUCAGAGGUGGUCGAAGAGAGCGAAGUCAUCUUCAUCUCGGCCAGCGAUGACGCAGCCAUCGAGGCGAUUAUAGAACAGAUCUUGCAUGGCGACACGACAAAAGCCGUUGCCGAGAGACUGCGGGAGCGGGGUGUUCUCUUUGCUGCCAUGCCCGUCUUCGGUGCGACGCCAGUGGCGGAACAGGGAAGGUUGCUAGUAGCUUUCGCGGGACCACUACCGGUCUACGAGGCUGUCGCGCCGUUCCUCAAAGGCGUGAUUGCGCGGGAGGUUCUGAGGGUUGGGGAAGAGCCUGAGAAAGCUACAUUGCUGAAGACGGCAGGGAAUUUCAUGAUGGCCAGCCUAAUGGAGAUAAUAGCCGAAGCGCACGUCUUCGCCGAGAAGACAGGCCUUGACGCCAACGUUUUAGAAAAACUGCUAGAGCUCGUCUUCGGCACCGUCGCGCACUCGGAUUCCGUGAGGAUGACGACGGGAGUUUAUAUACCGGGAAAGGGAGAGGCGCCGUGGUCGGAUCUAAACCUUGCUCUAAAAGAUGUAGGGCACGGCGUUGAUAGCGCGCAGAAAGCCGGGGUCAGCCUCAAAGCUGCGGGUACUGCGCUUGAGCAUCUGAAAAGGGCGAAAGCGUAUUCCGAGGCGAAUGGGCAGCGGGCGCUUGACUCGUCUUCCUUGUACGGCAUUGUACGACAGGAUUCCGGACUGGAUUUCUGUACGGAUUAUGUGAGAAAGCGAGACGAAUGA